ACGAAAAAAAUAGUUGUAGGAAAACGAACACCGGACGAAAUCUUUGGCAACUGUAAGAGGAAAUCCCUGCUAUUUGACCGGAAUCGAAGACACAUCCCAAGAAGAAAGACUGUUUGGUUCAUAAGUAACGGAAGAAGAUGAUGAUCUUUUGAUCUUGGACUUCAUCAUCAAAUUCAACCCCUCGAUACCCCUUCCUUUCCUCUUCAACACUGAGCAUGAACCACUCUCCACAUCUGUCUGAAGGAAGCAAGUCGACAGGAGGUGGUCUACUGUGCAGCCUGGGUAUGGAGUCGGACAGGGGGAUACGUUCUGCCCAAAGUGUUGCCCAUACCCCAAGCCCUAAUGGAGAAACCCCCAGCUCCAGCCCUCCACUGCUGCUUUCACCUGGGCUAGGAGGCCUGGGCCUGGGAGCCUUGGGCAUCAUGGGUGAGACUGCUGGGGCAGAUUGGGAAAGCAGAGAAGAGCUGAGGCUCAGAGAGCUAGAGGAAGCCCGGGCCAGAGCAGCUCAGAUGGAGAAAACCAUGAGGUGGUGGUCAGAUUGCACUGCAAACUGGAGAGAGAAAUGGAGCAAGGUUCGUUCAGAGCGUAACCGUGCACGUGAUGAGGUCCGCCAGUUGAGGCAGAGGCUGGAUGCUCUGACCAAGGAGCUGACCAGUGUUCGACGGGAGCGUCAAGAACUUGCAUCAGAGAAUGAGAUGCUACGACAGGAUGAUGUACAUCUUCGUAGUGAUUUACCAGCUCCUCUUCCAGUCAUAAGUUCUGCUUUGUCCCCUGCACACCACCUCUGUGCUUUUUCUGCCUCUUCCUCUCCAUCCAUUGCACCCUCUUCCCCCACCUCCUCGUCCUCCUCAACGCAAGUCCAUACUGAUUGCAACCUAGACAAAUUAGGUGAGGCGAUAACUGCGUCGCCAGAGCCAGAACCGGUGCGGGACAUGGACAUGAACGCACAAAAAACAGGUCAACAAAAGCAGGACAUGGCCCUUCUUCAGUCUGUGCUGCAUUUACGAACUCCAGUAGGUGAAACUCAAGGGGCCUGGGACAGUCAGAGUGGCAAUGGUGGCCUUAAUCCACCAGGCACACGCUCAUCUUCUGGUCUGAGCCGGCAAGAACGCAACAGGCAACUCUGGGGAGACAUGAGCACCACAGAGGACGACUUAAGCAAACUCCAUGCCUUACAGCUUCGUCUGGACGAGUCCCAGAAAGUCCUGUCGAAGGAGAGAGAAGACAAGCUUGCAUUGAGUAAGAGCAUUGAGAAGCUGGAGACAGAGCUCAGUCAGUGGAAACUUAAAUAUGAGGAGCUCAGCAAGACUAAACAGGAAGUCCUUAAACAGCUGAAUCUGUUGAGGGAAAUGCAUCAAGAUGAACUUGGGCGCAUAUCCGAAGACCUGGAGGAUGAACUGGGAGCUCGUUCCAGUAUGGACAAGAAACUAGCUGAAUUGCGAACUGAGAUGGAGAGGUUGCAGGUGGAGAAUGCAGCCGAAUGGGGUCGCAGAGAGCGUUUGGAGACAGAGAAACUGGCGCUGGAGAGGGACAACAAGAAGCUGAGGGCUCAGACUGAAGACUUGGAAGAACAGAUGGCGAAGAAGCGCCGCCAGGCUGCGUCAGCAAUCGACACAGACCUCAAGGCCAUCCAGAUUGAGUUGUUUGAGAAAAACAAGGAGUUGGCUGAUCUUCGUCACAUUCAUACAAAGCUGAAGAAACAGUUCCAGGAAAAGACAGCAGAGCUAGGCCAUGCCAACAGGAGGGUGGAGGGCCAUGAGGCUGAAGUCAAAAAGCUGCGACUGCGGGUGGAAGAGCUGAAGAAAGAAUUAGGACAGGCUGAAGAUGAGCUGGAUGACUCCCAUAACCAGACAAGGAAACUCCAGAGGUCUUUGGAUGAACAGGUGGAGCAGACAGAGAACCUGCAGGUCCAAUUGGAACACUUACAGUCCAGACUUCGGCGGCAGCAGCUCAGUCCUGGUCUAUUUGGGAAGAUGCGAUCAACUCGGUUCAGCCCUGAUAAUCCAGAUGGUCCAACCAGUGACAUGGAUGAGGAAGAGGAGCAACUGCAGCUCCAGAUCCAUGGAUGACAUGAAUACACACAUGAACAAUGUCAGUGCUAACAGGAAUGUAUAAUAUAGCUUCAAAAAUGCCAUUUAACUAAAUGAGAUUAAUAUUGCUAUUGAGAGAAAAAAGGAGACAUUUAUCUAGAGUGACGAGAAUUAUUACCACUGCAGUACUAGCUCAGUAGGAAGGGGAUCCAGCAUCAGAACUGUACCCAAAAAAUAUGCAAGUGGUUUGCUGUGGUGACCCCUGAUGGGAGGUGCUGAAAGUCACAACAACAGUACUAGCUCAGUACAUCCGGUGCGUUGGAUACUGAUCAGUAUCCAAUGCUGGUUUUUAAUUAAUUGCAGUAGAAAUGCAUUUUGUCUCUUGUUUCUGCAGCAAGUCUAACAUUCCACCUCUUUUAUUUUUAUUUUUUUUGUGGCAUUUUUUUAAUCACUGGACUGGAAACAUCAGGACAUUCAUGGAAUAUCUAGCUCUGAAUAAGAUGACAAACAAAACAUUUCUGAAAGCAGUGAAAAGGUGCCAUUAAUGUGAGAAGUUUACGUAAUUGUUAAAGUAUACAUACUCUUGACACCCAGAUAUUUUCAUUUAUCUUAUAUUACAGGGUUCAUACAAUCAUGAAAAAACUGGAAAGGUUAUGGAAAUAGAGAAUUCAUUUUACAGGUCAUUGAAAAGUUGUUGAAAAAUAACAUUUUCUAUAAAGUUUUAUAAAGGUCAUGGAAAUAUUGCGUGGCUAAUAUUUAGGAUGCUUAAAACAAAAAAUAAUGUAACGGGCAGUAAAAAUUUAAAUUGACACUGAAAUGCAACGUCAUAUAGGUAAUUUUGUGUAGUUUUGAUGCCUGCUCUGCAGGCCACCAACGAAGAAGAACAGUGUCUGUAUGCCGCCAUGCACGUCGAAAGUGUCGAUUCACUUUGUUAAAAUAAAUGACCAGUCGGCUCGGUGCAACACCUCCAAUAAGAUAGGAUUGUGUGAAGGAGGUUGCGUGACUAACUUGGUUAAACACCAUGUUAAUAUACAUCCGUCUUUGACGUGCUCCCUGCGGCUCUGACCUGCAGCUCAGCACUGCUCUUAAAAAGUGAGUAAAACAAUAAAAUACGUCUUAUGCCAACAUUGAGGCAACUAACAAGUUAAACUGGAACUAAAACGACUCAAAUGCUAGUAACAGCUAACAGCAUAUGUAUUUUAUACUAAGCAAGCAUGUGUGCAAAAGACUAUCCAAAACGCUCAAGCACACUGUCUUAAAAGGCAGAUCUUGUAAUUUUUCUCAAAAAGGACUGUUUUUGAGUUUAUACUGUACUUGCUGCUGAUCUGUGUUGCCAAGUUCUGUUUUGUUUACAGCCCCAAUUCCAAUGAAGUUGGGACGUUGUGUUAAACAUGAAUAAAAACAGAAUACAAUGAUUUUCCAAUCAUGUUCAACCUAUAUUUAAUUGAAUACACUACAAAGACAAGAUAUUUAAUGUUCAAACUGAUAAACUUUAUUUUUUUAGCAAAUAAUCAUUAACUUAGAAUUUUAUGGCUGCAACACGUUCCAAAAAAGUUGGGACAGGGUCAUGUUUACCACUGAGUUACAUCAUCUUGUGUUUUAACAACAUUCAAUAAUCGUUUGGGAACUGAGGACACAAAUUUUUGAAGCUUUGUAGGUGGAAUUCUUUCCCAUUCUUGCUUGAUGUACAGCUUCCGCUGUUCAACAGUCCGGGGUCUCCGUUGUCGUAUUUUACGCUGCAUCAUGCGCCACACAUUUUCAAUGGGAGACAGGUCUGCACUGCAGGCAGGCCAGUCUAGUACUCUUUUACUACGAAGCCACGCUGUUGUAACACGUGCAGAAUGUGGUUUGGCAUUGUUUUGGCGAAACAAUGCCAAACCAUGAAAAAGACGUUGCUUGGAUGACAGCAUAUGUUUCUCCAAAACCUGUAUGUACCUUUCAUCAUUAGUGGUGCCUUCACAGAUGUGUAAGUUACCCAUGCCAUUGGCACUAACAUAGCCCCAUACCAUCACAGAUGCUGGCUUUUGAACUUUGCGUCCAUAACAGUCUGGAUGGUUCUUUUCCUCGUUGGCCCGGAGGACACGACAUCCACAAUUUCCAAAAACAAUUUGAAAUGUGGACUCGUCGGACCACAGAACACUUUUCCACUUUUCAUCAGUCCAUCUUAGAUGAGCUCAGGCCCAGAGAAUCCGGCGGCGUUUCUGGGUGUUGUUGAUAAAUGGCUUUUGCUUUGCAUAGUAGAGUUUCAAGUUGCACUUACAGAUGUAGCACCGAACUGUAUUUACUGAGAUUGGUUUACUGAAGUGUUCCUGAGCCCAUGCAGUGAUAUCCUUUACACAUUGAUGCAGUGGCGCCUGAGGGAUCGAAGGCCACGGGCAUUCAAUGUUGGUUUUCGGCCUUGCCGCUUACAUGCAGUGAUUUCUCCUGAUUCUCUGAACCUUUUGAUGAUAUUAUGGACCGUAGAUAAUGAAAUCCCUAAAUUCCUUGCAAUUUUCCGUUGAGGAACAUUGUCCUUAAACUGUUUGACUAUUUUCUCACAGACUUGUUCACAAAGAGUGAACCUCGCCCCAUCUUUGCUUGUGAAUGACUGAGCAAUUCAGAGAAGCUCCUUUUAUAUCCAAUCAUGGCACCCACCUGUUCCCAAUGAGCCUGUUCACGUGUGGGAUGUUCCAAACAGGUGUUUGAUGAGCAUUCCUCAACUUUCUCAGUCUUUUUUGCCACCUGUCCCAGCUAUUUUGGAACGUGUUGCAGCCAUAUAAUUUUAAGUUAAUGAUUAUUUGAAAGUCACUGAUGGUGUAGUGGUACACUCGCCUGACUUUGGUGCAGGCAGCGUGGGUUCAGUUCCCACUCAGUGACGGUGUGAAUGUGAGUGCGAAUGGUUGUCCAUGUCUAUAUGUGCGCUGCGACUCACUGGCGACCAGUUCAGGGUGUAGUCCACCUUUCGCCCGAAGUCAGCUGGGAUAGGCUCCAGCGUCCCGCGACUCUAACCAGGAUAAGCAGUGUUGAAAAUGGACGAAUGCAUGGAUGGAUGAUUAUUUGCUAAAAACAAUAAAGUUGAUCAGUUUGAACAUUAAAUAUCUUGUCUUUGUAGUGUAUUCAAUUAAAUAUAGGUUUAACAUGAUUUGCAAAUCAUUGUAUUCUGUUUUUAUUUAUGUUUAACACAAUGUCCCAAUUUCAUUGGAAUUCGGCUUGUCAUAUCUAUACACCAGGUGAGCCCAUUUGUUGGAGCUCAGUAUUUUGUAAAUACCUGCAGCAUCAGAAACUCAUAUGUAUUCAUGUAAUUUUCAAACAUAUUGCUCUCUUGUGAAAGUGUAACCUUCCUCAUUUGAAAAUAAAAUUCACAUUUAAACUGAAUUUCAGAGCUUUUAUGUUAAAUACGAUACUUUGAGAAAUAUAAUUUACUGUACGUAAGUAAAUUACAUAAGUAAAAAAUUAAAAGAUGUAUGUAAGUAAAAAAAGGUUAGUUUUUAUAUAUACUAUAUUUUUUUAAAAACAGCUGGGUAAUAACACAAAACGUCUGAUUUUUCAGGAUUGUGGGGUGUCCACUAGUCCUGUUUCCCACUGAUGAACAGCAGACUCACAUCUCCACUUAUAGAUGCAUGCAAAUCAGUCGCCUUUCAGCGAAAUUCGUCGUUUUGAACUCAAAAUAGGCCAUUUAUGUGAAUCGUAUAGA